AUUCAAGUCAAACAUUAAAUCAACUCAUUAAAAAAAGUAAGGAUGGCAGUUUGGGACCGAAAGAUUUCCUGUUGCUUCACGUUACUGCUCGCUGGUGCUCUGGGUCAAAGUGUGAACUAUCCAGAUCCUUUUUGUGGUGUGAUAGGAUCAACAGUAACCCUCCCUUGCUCCUUCACACCACUGAAGUCUGUUAUGGACGACAAUGGAAAAGAAGUUUUGAUCAAGGUCGUCAGAGUCGUCUGGUGCAAGAACCAUGAAUUCUGUUUCGGAGAGACUCCAUGUGUGUACGACAGCGAAUCAAACAACACCGACCCUCGUUACAGAUACCUGGGAGACAAGAAGGGAGACUGCACUUUACAGAUCUCAGAUUUACAGGAGGAAGACGGAGCAAUUUUUCGCUUCAGAGUGGAAACUAAUGACAACAGAGCAACUUUUACUGGCCAACCAGGAGUGAAAGUCAGAGCUGCUGGUGCUCUGGGUCAAUGUGUCAACUAUCCCGAUAGCCCUGUUUGGGCUAUGAAAGGAUCGACCGUCACCCUCCCCUGCUCCUUCACACCACUGAAAUCUGUCAACAACAAUGGAAAAGAAGUUUUGAUUGAGAUCAACAGAGUUGUCUGGUGCAAGAACCAUGAAACCUGUUUCGGACAGACUCUGUCUGUGUACGACAGCGAAUCAAACAGCACCGACCCUCGUUACAGAUACCUGGGAGACAAGAAGGGAAGCUGCACUUUACAGAUCUCAGAUUUACAGGAGGAAGAUGGUGCAACUUUUCGCUUCAGAGUGGAAACUAAUGACAGCAGAGCAACUUUUACUGGCCAAUCAGGCGUGAGACUAGGAGUCAUAGGUGCUCUGGGUCAAAGUGUGAACUAUCCAGAUCCUAUUUGUGGUGUGAUAGGAUCAACAGUCACCCUCCCCUGCUCCUUCACACCAGUCGUUGAUGAUGCAGGAGCACCUUUGAUCAAGGGCGUCAGAGUCGUCUGGUGCCAGAACGAGGAAUUUUGUCUGCUUACCACUACGUCUGUGUACGACAGCGAAUCAAACAACAACAACAACCCUCGUUACAGAUACCUGGGAGACAAGAAGGGAAGCUGCACUUUACAGAUCUCAGAUUUACAGGAGAAAGACGAUGCAACUUUUCGUUUUAGAGUGCAAACUAAUGAUCGCAAAACAACUUUUACUGGCCAACCAGGAGUGAGAGUCACAGUCGAAGAUGGUGCUCAGAUGAAGAUAAGAAGCUCCAGAGAUGACAGAGUGUUUAAAAAAGGUGAAGCAGUCACACUGAACUGUUCUGCUGCAAGCUGUACUAUCCACCAACUGGAUGUCACCUGGUUCAGAGAUGGCUUCGCCCUCUGUGAGUCUGGCCCCGCCCUCCAUCUGGGUUAUCUGACUGCAAAGGAUUCUGGGAACUACACCUGUGGUUUGAAGAGGAACAACCACAACCUCUCCGCAGCGUAUAGCCUGCACGUGGAGGCUGACGAGGAAGGAACAAUAGCAUUUGACACACUGCUGGCUGUUCGUCUGCUUCUCUUCACUCUGCACACUGUUCUCGUCGUCAUAGUGACGUCCAUCAUCAUCAAAAGGACGUGCGUUUGCAAAAAAUAGAUGACGGUGUAGGUGAGUCACUAAACAUCCUUU